UUCCUUCUUCUUUUUCAUUCUUGAUCUUUGAUAGUCCCUCUAAAAUAUGGUUUAAUUCGGAUCUUUUUGUAGUUCUAUAGAAUUUGAAGAGGAAAGUCUUGUUGUUUGCGUUGCCUUUCUCACGGUGGUUUUUGGUGGAUGAGGGUUAUGGCAGGUUUGGAUCUGACCACCACUUCUAGGUAUGCUCGCCACCUCGCUGACCUCCACCUUGCGCGUCACCACCCCAACCCUGGCUCCGACGACGACGACAACAACGGCAAAGCCCACCGGGGAGACCGCGACUGGUCGCCCUCGGCCCCGCAGGGUGGGGACUUGGCGUCGCGGCGGCCGAGGGGGCGGCCGCCGGGGUCCAAGAACAGGCCCAAGCCGCCGGUGAUCAUCACGAGGGAGAGCGCCAACGUGCUGCGAGCCCACAUGCUGGAGGUCAGCGCCGGGUGCGACGUCUUCGAUUGCAUCGCCACCUACGCGCGCCGCCGGCAGAGGGGAGUGUGCGUCCUCAGCGGCAGCGGGGUGGUCACCAACGUCACGCUCCGGCAGCCCUCGUCCUCUUCUGGCACCGGCGGGGUGGUGACGCUGCAGGGCCGCUUCGAGAUCCUGUCACUUGCGGGGUCGUUCCUCCCGCCGCCAGCGCCGCCGGGGGCCACCAGCCUCUCCAUCUUCCUGGCUGGCGGGCAGGGGGAGGUGGCGGGCGGCAACGUGGUGGGGGCUCUCUUCGCCGCAGGGUCUGUCAUUGUCAUUGCCGCCUCCUUCACCAACGUGGCCUACGAGCGUCUGCCCUUGGAGGAGGAGGAGGAGGAGGACCAGAGCAUUAACGUCCGCGGCGGCGGCAGCAGCAGCGGGAACCACUUCCCGGACCCCUCCUCCAUGCUUCCCUUGUUCAACUUGCCGCUCCAUAACACGCACCAGUUGCCGCCGGUGGACGGACACGGUUGGGCCAGCUCAGCGUCCGGUCAACCUGCGCCGUUCUGACAAUUAAGAUCCACCUGAAAAACUGCACAUGCCACUGCUCCAUCUUCAAUUUCCUCUCUUCUUUCUUCAACCUUUUCCUAAUCAUUUGUAUUUGUUCCUUCUUCAUUGCUCCUUCAUCAUCGAGGAACUCUUGUGACUGGAGAUCGAUCACUAGCUAGGGUUUUGGGGAGUAAAUGCAUUUGGAAGUGUCUCCAUUCAGAGCUUCCUUCGAGUUGCAUUCAAGAUAGUGGCGACAACAAAAGUUUGAAACGUUCUCAAAGACAUAAAGUGAGCAUUAGUGAUCGGUUUGAUAUGAAUAAUCACAGUGGCAACUAUGAUUGAUAUGAUUAAUCAUCGUAACAAAAAAUAGAAUCCGUUACGAUCGGCGUCACAAUCAUGUAGACUGACUAGUUUGUUAUUUUAGAUCAAUGUUUUUGUAGAGUUCUUCCAUUAAUGCAGAA